AAAUGAGACGUUGAGCGGCGCUCAGACCGAGUCUGUCUCUCCCAACAGAAGAGGGUCUGGCCGGGGGACAAACUCAUGAACCAAGCUGGACGACGGAUAGCGUUAAAGCUGGACUUGUGCGGCCGUUUUCUUUUACUAGUGCAACUGUGUUGUUUUUUAGUAUUUUUUCGUCAACGACUUCACACUGGUGGUUUGUAACGAGACGUCCCAAGUCGCCGGGAUUUCCUCUCAUCUCGAAGUUCCCAAGAUGAACUUCGGUGCGGCGGUCGGGAAACUUUCUGUGUUGGUGGCAGCACUCCUCUUCGGGUUGGUUUGUCACGCAGCAGAACUUCCAGCUGCUCAGUGGUCCAGCGAUGAAUACAAAAACCUCACCCUUCGACAGCACAGAACAUGUGUGGAGAAUGAGCAGUACCCCCACCAGGGAUUCUGCUGCCUCAAUUGCCAGGCUGGAACCUUUGUGCAUAAGGAAUGUGAAAGAGACCAAGAACAGGGGAUCUGUCUCUCCUGUGAGCAUGGGCAGACCUACACAGAGCACUCCAAUGGGAUGAACCGCUGUUUGCCCUGCACGCACUGCCGCUUAGAUGAGAUUGAAACUGCUUCGUGCACCACAACUACAGACACCAGGUGCCAGUGCAGACCGGGAACCUUCUGUGUCCCGGAUCAGGCCUGCGAAGUCUGCAAACGCUGUGCCAAAUGUAAACCAGGAGAGGAGGAGGUGAAGAAGUGCACACCAUUCUCGAACACAGUGUGUCAAAAACGGUAUCCAUCCCCGACCAAAUCCUCCCCGACCCCUUCUGAAACGACUCCUACAGCUCCAGCUGACAUCGUUUUUCCAAUAUGGAUUUCCCUGGUCCUCAUCCUCUCCAUCAUCCUCAUUGGGCUGGCUGUGUGGUGGUUCAAAUGCAAGCAGCAUUCUUGUGAAAUACCAUGUUUAAAGAGCCACAGUGAAUCCAGUGAAAUUGUGAAGAUUCCUAUUGAUGAGAGUGGAGCUACGGCGGAGGAGAGACAGAAUAAUCAGAACGCAGGUCUGGAGGGGGAGGAGUCCCGCCCAGAGUCGAGGCCUCUGCUGCAAGAGACCCAGGGUGGGAUGACCAAGGCGUCCCCGCCCCUUGAAGACGAGGACCGAGGGCUCGGGGACAGUUUGCCGAACACCACAAGUUCAUCUCAAACUAGCCUGUCAGCCCUGCCAACAGCGGCCUCCUCUGGUAACACCCCACACCAGAGCCCAGCUGCCUUCAGACUGCAGCCUGCAGACAUGGAGGAUCCUCUGCAACAUCGAUUGUUGCCUCUACUAGGGUCAGAAAAAUCCCUGAAGAAGAGCUUUGACCUGUUCGACGAGUACCUGGACGUGCGGAUCCACAACAAGUUCUUCAGAAUGAUCGGAGUCAGUGACAACCACAUCCGGAUCGCGGAGAACGGCCCCCCCGGUGACAAAGUGUAUGAACUGCUGAAGAACUGGAUGCAGAAGCAGGGACUUAAAGCCGACAUCAACAACCUGUUAGACGCUUUGCUAAGUAUGGACCAGCGGCGCUCGGCUGAGAGCAUCGCCUCCGCAGCGCUGCGGAAAGGCUACUACAAACACGCAGACACACCCUGAGAAGCUGCAAAUGAAGUAAACACAAAUUACUUAGUACAAGAAAACUAAAGCACAUAGACACUACCGAUGGACAUUGUGUCUCGCAAACAGGCUUACCUCUGUGUGGCAGAUGAGCCACGUAUUCAAAAGCCAGUAGUUUUAAAAAGAAAAAACACAAAAAGGGGAAGGUCAAGCCGUAUUGAUCGGAACUCCGAGGAUGUUGACUACUCGCCAAAUGUGGAGGUGUAAUACUAAAAAUGAAGAAUACCACCAAAGACGACCGUGAAGUGGUGUCACAAAGAGCAGAAUAUCAUGAAGGCGUCAACUUCCGCGUGCAGAAAUGGUUGCAUGUUUUCGUCUCUAAUGAACCGACACGUGUCCAAAUACUGAAAGCUUCGAAGUCUCGGGGAGUGUGUCGCUCGUCUGGUCUUCUACCCAGAUUGAAACACGACCUGGAGUCAAAGAUAUACACUGGUUUGUAGGAGUGGCAUUAGCUGUCACUGAUACUGUGCCUCUUUGUUGCACUGACCUCUGGCACAUGUAGGAUUUAAAACUACAAUCAUGCUUUAUUUGUUGUUUAUAUUCAGGCUUCUCUGAAACCAUAUGUAACAACGUUUUCCUGACUAACAAUCAGAAAAUACUGUCCAUUCGUUCUGACCAUGUGCAGCCUUACUAAUCAUAAACUUUACCUCUCUGAUGCCAUCUGAUGAUCUAAAGCUAUUUAGGUAUCCGUUUGUAUUGUGAUGUCAUAAUGUUCACCGAGCCUAGUGAAUCAAAGAUGUUUUUAAAAUCACGUCACGGUGGAGAAUCAGUCGUCUGGUCUGUUAUAUGUUCAGUGUUACAACACACACGUCAUUUUAGAAGGAGUUUCACAAGCAGUUUCUGUUGGAGCAACUGUUUAUACCUUAGUCCAUCAUUUUCCAUGUAACUUUGAGAACUUCAAGGUCUUUUUUUUUUAUUUAUUGUCAUAUUUAUUGUAAUGAAUAAUAAUUAACUUUCAUUAUUUAUACCAAUGCCAACGAAACAACCCUGGAAAAGCAGCACGCGCCGUGCUUGUGUCGUGUUCAGCUACAGGGCUAAAUGACUGACAUCAAAUCGUUUUCAGCUCGCCGCGCUGUGUUAAGUGUAGCACUCUGGUCCACACUGUCAAUGUGUCAAUGUUUUAUCGUGCCAUUUCUUCACAGCUUUGUAACCUUCGUGAUGAUAAAUGCAGAGGGCGUCAUUUCAAAUUGGAUUUGAGGUGACAUCGAUCCUAAAUAAAUGCGGACUGACCUGUUGAGUCUGACCCAGUAGUGCGUCUGUACGUGUCGGCAGGUACGGAUUGUUUUCUCGGUUAGACUCAGACGAGAUGAAGGAAAUCUUUUCUGGAUUUAAAAAGAAGCUCAAGUUUAUUCCCCCCAUUUUGUCGUUAUGUACAUACAUCCAGAGAGCCUCGCAAAGUGUAUAUGUCCUGUAAAUAUGCAGCUCUAUUAACAAACCAGAAUGAAUAUAUGGAGGAAACGCUAAACAAGGUUAUUUGGCCGUUUUAAACUCGAUUUUGCCCGUUUUUCUGCAGUCUCCUAUGUAUAAAGGAAAGAGUUACAGAGUUAUAUAUGUAUUAUUGCUGAAGAGUGAUGCUACAGUGCUGGCACUGCCAUCUAUUGACGGACAAUGAAAAUACAGCCUGCACCAAUUUCUAGGGACCUUCACUCACUCACCAUUCUCUCUUUUCUAACACAUCCAUUUCUUUGACUUUUUCUUUGGUAUUCCUCUUUCCUGACGUAGCUCAGCAGCGAAUAAGCUUCAGUGCAUGUUUCUUUAACUCUGCUGCAGUUCAUGUGAGUGUAUGUCCUUUUUCUUAAUGAAAGAAUAAUUUCUGUUUUGUUUUUUUUUUUCUUUUUACAUAUUUCAUUACACGUCCUGAGCUGUUCAAUUAACUGCCUUUUUACUUGUGUUAACACAUCCGGCUCAGCGUUGCCCUCAAGCCAUUUCUCCCCUUAGUUAUUGUUUGCUUGUCAUGGAUUUCAGAUAUAAAUUAUGCAAAUACAUCUAAGCUGUUUUUUUUUGUCAAUUUCAAAUAAAUGUUUUGUACAGAUUGCA